CCGAGACAAUCAGACUUUUCAAUUCAAACCUAAUUGGGUGAAACACCAACGCAGAUGAACGGCCUAAAUCUCGCCGCCGCGGCCGGCAAUCGCAUCAAGCUGAACGUUGGAGGUAAGCUUUUCGAAACCACCGUGUCCACUCUCCGCUCCGGCGGACCGGAUUCUCUUCUAUACGCGCUAUCAAACCGGUCUGGUGAGGAUCCGGUUUUCAUCGACCGUGACCCGGAGAUCUUCUCCGUCCUCUUCUCUCUCCUCCGCUCGAACCGACUCCCCUCCACCGCCAAGCGCUUCUCCAACCAAGAGCUCAUCGACGAGGCGCUCUACUUCGGCAUUGAGUCGCAGCUCAGAUCCGCGCUAGCUCCGAGCCGAAUAAACGGAAUCGACGCCUCCUUAUUAACCACCGUCAAACCCUUCUCCGACGGCGUCGUUUCGGAUUUCAACGCGGUAGAAUCGGACGGAUCGCUUUGGGCGGCUCACGGCGGCCAGAUCACGGUCUACGAUUGGAAUCUCAGCCACACGGCGACGGCGCGGACGCAUUUCGAUUUGAUUAAUUCAGUGAAGAGAAUCCAAUCUGAUAUCGCCGCAAUCGGAUCUCUCCAGGGAUCCGGAUUGCAUUUCUACAAUAUGGCAAAUGGGCGCCGAGUCCACUCAAUCGACUGGGUCGACCCGUCCGAUGUGAGGGUUUAUAAAGCCCGAGUCCACGCGAUUGCCGACUCGGUCGACUCGGUGUUCGCUUCCUACGAUUGCCACCAUGGAGAGAAUUGCGUGCUGAUGAUUGAUAAAUCGACGAUGGAGAUAUCGUCGGAAAUCGGGAGGAUGCCGGGAAAUUCCGCCAAAUAUAUGGUUCCGACGAAGCUAACGCAUGUUUCCGAUUUAGGUCUUUUGGUGGGGAGCGCCAUUGCAUCAGGGGCUUUCGGGUAUUCGGGUUAUAUCCGGUUGUGGGACCCGAGAACCCGCGAUGUGGUCUGGGAGACCUUUGAGCCUGGGUCGGGUCGGAGCAGCCGGUUUGGGGAUUCUUUGGCGGAUGUGGAUGUUGAUUUGGAAGAAUUGGGAUUGUUCAAGAUUUGCUCGAAAUCGGGGGAUUUAGCCAUGGCCGAUUUGCGCAAGUUGACGGAUGAUCCGUGGCUGUAUCUGAAAGAGAAGAAUUCGAGUUUGAGGGAUGUGGGGAGAAAGGGUGGUGGAAGUUUUGCAAUACAUUGUUACCGGAAGCAAGCAUUUGUGGGGAGAGACGGCGAGUUGGAGGUGUGGUCGAGGGUAGAGGAGAAUGGGGUAGAGAUGGUUGUGGACGAAGAGAUGUAUAGGAGGAAUUACAUGGAUAAAGUCGAGGAUUCAGAGCGAGGGGUGAUCAAGAAAAUCGAGGGUGGUGGGGAUAGGCUUUUUGUGACUAGAGAAGAUGUUGAAGGGAUUGAGGUUUGGCAAAGUUGUUACAACUCCAGCGUUGGACACUGAUUCUCUCUUGGAGUUUUGAUGAAAAAUGUGAUGGAUACAACUCGGAAUAACGUUUCAGUGGGGAGUUUUUUGGGAGUUCGAUCGGACCUCUUUUAUAGCAUACUGAUACAUUGCAUCUGUUUCACCAUUCAUAUGGUUUUCGGCAUUGUUUUGUGAAUUAAUGAAUAGAGAGGAAAAAGUAGAGAUGCCCAAAAAGGAAAAUGUUUCAUUAAAUUUUUAAUGUGGCAUAGGGAGCAAACAUAUAAUGACUAUUGGUCAUCGUCAGUGGCGAUGGCCAUCUUGAGAGAGACAUCCUUCGUGUUCUUCUAAAGAUGAAUUAUCUCAAUGAAUCAGUGAGUUUCCUCUCCUCCAAUUUAAUAUUUUUACAUUUACCUUUAGGACUACAUGCCAUUUUGUGAAACUAAAAUUCAGGUUUUCGAACCUUUUCUGAUGGUCUGCUUAAAUUCAUAACAAAUUUGGUCUCUGGUGAAUGCAUAUUUGCGGUUCUUCAUAAAAAUAAAUUGCAUGGACUAAGGUUUUAAUUCUAUUGAUGUACUUUUUCACUUUUAUGGACUAGUUUUUCCCCUUUCACCUUAAGGGCAAAAUUGAUUAUUAUUAUUAUUGCUAUUAUUUAUAUUCUCAUUUCUUUCUCUUGUCUUAUUGCUAUCUUAUCCUCCUAAUUCUCUAUUUUAGCAUGUGCUUUAAAAUAAAAUAAUAUUACAUAAUUAAUAUUUUUAUAGUUUGAAAAUGUAUUUUUAUGUAGUUAAAAUUUUAUACAUAGAUGAUGGAUGUAGCCAUCCAUGAUUUCAUGGUAGGAGGGACAGAAUUAUACUACUUUACUAAUUUUCUUUAUAACUCAUGCCAUCCACCAAUUAAUGGACUAUUUUUAUGGACAGAAGAGUAUGAAAAAAUCAUCCUACUACUAAGUAAACAACCAUUUUAUUGUCUAAAUACAUUCUCCUUUUAUUGAUUACUAAAAUAUGUGUUUGAGUUGAUGUCAAAGGCAUGUGUGAAGCGAAGAUCAAUGAGAUGAGUGGCUAAACACCUUUUACAGUCAUAGAGCUCCUUGAGUCGAGAAGACUGCUACCUACCAUGAUUCUUGCUUGAUGAUUUCCCACUACUCUCUUUUUUUUACUUGAGCAUCAUAAUUGAAUUGUCUUUGAAGUUGUGCCUUGAUUAAUAUAUGGAGCUAAGCGCAUCGAUAACGUGGAAUUUUGGGAGACUCGGAGGGGUGCGGUGCGCCUCCCAUUGCAGCUGGGGAAGGGGGAUGGUGCCUGGUGGGGUAAUAGCUGUGCAGGACGCUGUACCCUUUGCGGAUGCGAUUCUGCACCAUAAGAUUUUUUAAAAUAAUUCGAAUGCAUAUUGUAAAUAUUAAAUCAUUCUUUAUAAUUAAAUAUUACUCCCUCUAUUCCAUAGUA